AUGUCCUCCUCGCGAGCCGUACACUACACUCAAGUUCACAUACCACUGCCACCUCCGCCUGAUGAAGAUGCUCGCGCCGCAGCCUCCCGAUUUCGCACAUUGCUCUCCGAAGCCCGACCAGCAGUCAAGACCGCCGUGUUCAUGACUCUGUACUCCUGGGACUGGGCAUGGAACGAAACGCUCUUCAACGAACGGCUCGCUUGGAAAACCUAUGAGGUUUGCCCUCCCGGUCUCAAGAAGGCCUUGGAUCUCAUUGUAACCCAUGAUAUCCCAGUCUAUAUCCAAGACGACCGCGAGCUGCGGCGACAUGUCUACUUCGGUUGCGGGUCCCUUGUGGAUUUGACAAAGGCCCGGGGCGGCACUGAGAGUAGCAAUCUACUUUCUCCGGGAGAGUUCGCGCGAUCACUCCGGUCGGUCGGUCCUCAUGUUCAGGCGUCUAUGUUACGAACCUUUUCCCAUUGGACCGAUGUACGACUUGUCGAUCAAUACGGAGACUUGCUCAAGCCCAGGAAGCUCGAGCAACUAUACUCCGCCGCGCCGGAACCAGUCAAGAUCGCUCUUAGCUUCAUCCACCAUUUUGAGUACGACCAACGUGUCAACAACCAGAAGGAUCUUGACCGUUUGACGGAGUUUCAGCGGAAGCUACACGACGAGGAUCAUCGUUGGGGAGGACUUCGACGGUGCGACCAUGAGAACAUUGUUCGCCUUUGGGGAGACAUCGUGGAGGCGGUGUUGGAGGAUGGUUAG